CCGAAAUAGAUACCCUUAGAUUUUCUCUCUUAUUUUCUUUCUCUUCAACUCCUCCUCCACCUCCUGUUACUACUCAAUUUCUUUGUAUUUUCCUAUUUUUGCUCUCUUUGAGCUCGAUCGGCAGAUUUCCAAUCUCCAUUUCUUCUUUUGGUGAAAUUGAUUUCGGAGGAAUUUCAAUUCCCCGUUUUUUCAUCUGCUCUAAUCGAUGAUUCCUGCCUUUUCUCUGUCGAUUGUAUUCUUCGCUGAGUAAAUUAGGAUUUUAACGCUCAAUCAGGUUCCGUUGUCUCCUACUUAUCUGUUUUUCUUUUGUUCCUUACAAUUUUAUUCUUUUCCACAUUCUUUUGCAAACCCUAGCUUGUUAAGUUUUCCUAUUCUGCCAAAUAAUCAUUGAUGCUUUUUAUUUGAUUUGUAUAGUACUAAUUUUGAAAAAAAAAGUGAGGUGUCGUUUCGCUGAUUUUGUAUUAUUUAGAUUUUUCUUACAAGAGGCUCUAUGAGAUUUUAGGUGUGUUGUCUUUUAGUUUACCAUCCUAAAUUGAGGGUUUUCUUGUUGAAUCUAAUAAGCUUUGCGUCACCAUAUUACACACCAAAAAGAGAGAAAAAACACAAAACCAAAAAGAAGAAAAAGAAAAAGAAAAAAGAAAAAAAAUCCUCCUUUUAGGUGUCUAGAGUAUUCCUUGUAGUUAUCUUUAGAGUUGUUCCAAAUCAUAAAUGGCAUUAAAUUUUUCGCAUCGGCCUAUAUUUCCGGCACAUAUAUCUGAGGAUAAUUUGGUAUCACCCAUGAGAAUUGUAAAUGGGUGUUUAGUGGAGGGUGUUUCGGAGAAGAAUGUGGAGAAUUUUUCUUGGUCGUGGCGUGUUUGUCGAGAACCGCACGAGGGAUUUGAUUAUGGUUAUGGAGGAAAAAGAGUAGACAAGUGUGAUUAUUCGGAGUCGGUAUCGGAGGAUAUCAUUGACCUUCUCCCUACUGAUCCAUUUGGGAUGGAUAUAAGCACCACUAUCACAGCCAUUACUGGUUGGCUUGAGGAUCUGGAAGUUGAUUAUGGAGGAUGUAGGAGAAACCAUGUUGGUCCAAGUAAUGAGGACUAUGAUUUAUUUGCAGGUUUUAAUUUUAUUUGGAAUGAUUCUAUGAGGUUCCAAUCAUUCCCUAAUAGUCACGUUCGGUCUGAUGACAACCUGAAUAAAGGUGAUCCAGUGAAUUGGAUUAUUGGGGAGAGAGAUAUGAGGGAUGCCUUGGUCCAUGUUGGUCUUGGCUCAGCUUGCAAUGUGGGGGACACUGCAGGCUUCAAUAAUGUAGGUUCAAGCAGUGUUCUGCCCCAGACCAUGGAAACAGGGGCUGGUGCGACGUCUUGCUCUGGUAAAGAUGAAGGAGCCCCUCAUGAGGCUUUAUCUUUUGCUCUUUGUUACCUUGGAGUGAAGGAUCUUUUGGUGGUAGAAAGUGUUUGUAGGUCCUUGCGGCUUACUGUAAAAAAUGAUCCUUUAUUAUGGAAGAGCAUUCACAUUGAAAAUCCAUUGACAGAGAUCAGUGACGAUGUCCUCUUGCAAUUGACUAGCAGGGCUCAAGGAAACUUACAAUUCUUGAGUUUGUUUGAGUGUACCCGCAUCACAGAUGACGGUUUGAGGCGGGUACUUGACUCUAAUCCACAUUUGACAAAGUUAUUUGUUCCUGCAUGUACAAGACUCAGUAUUGAGGGCAUUGUAAAUAUGUUAAAGUCUUUUAACUAUCAAAGAGGUAAAAUGGGGGUAAAGCACCUUUGGAUUGGCGGUCUUUAUGGAGUGAUGCAUGAACAUUUUGAAGAGCUGAAAUUCCUUCUAGGUGCAGAUAGCCAGAUGAGGCAAAAUGUUUACAAACCCCAUUUCUUUUCUCGGAGGAAUAUUUAUCGUUUAGCUGAUGACAGUCAGGCUAUUGAUGUUCAAAUAUGCCCUAUAUGUGAAAAAAUAAGGUUGGUAUAUGAUUGUCCUGCAGAGGGUUGCCAGGUGAAAGAUCAAGCUACUCAAAAAUGUAGGGCCUGCUCACUUUGCAUCUUACGGUGUAGUGAAUGUGGAAGAUGUAUAAAUAACACUGAAUAUGUGGAGACUUUUUGUUUGGAAUUGCUUUGCUCUGAUUGUUCUAAGCAUCCUUUGGAGUGCAAAGAUGAGCAGAAGUGCAGCCUUUGAAAUGCCAAGAUGAGCAGGAUGGAGGGAGGGGCUGGUUCCUGUGAAGGAUAUCGAAGUGUGACUGCCGAGGAGUAAAUCUAUGUGCUAUCUACGUGUUUAAUUGGAUUAAUAUCGAUAAAGAAUGUUAAGCAGCCAAUUGACUGCUAUCAAUUUGUGCAAGACUUGUCGAAAUAGCUGAAUUUAUUAUGUUUGUUUGAAAUGCUGUAAGCAAAAUAACGUACUUCACUCAUUGUUCGAAUUUCACUUGAA